AUGCAUGAAUCAAUAGACACCUCACAACCAAUUGAAGAACAAUUAAGACAAUCAUCUGAAUUAAACAUUAAACUACAAAGACAACUAAACAAUCAAAUCCAUAUUAAUUAUCAAUUGUUUAAUUCAAUUACUGAGGUUUUAAAUGCUUUCAAUCAAAAUAAAUCAUAUGAUACUAUAAAACAAAUGAUUUUUGAAUCAGCUUCAAAUAAUGUGAAUAAUAUUCAAGACAAUUAUGAAAUACCAAUAAAUGGAACAAAUGAAUUAACAAAUUCAACCACCAGUGAAACAAGUGGUUCAACAUUUAUGAUUAAAAUUAUACAUAACCGCCAAACUUUUAGUUCAACAAUAUUGAAUGGGAUUCAUAAUAGAAUAACCAGUAUUGGGAAUUCAUUAGAUCAAAUACUUGAACAACGUCAUCAAAAUCGAAUUAAUGGGAACACUGAAAUUAGACCAUCAUUCCUUAUGUCUGUAUUACCAUUAAUCAUAAUGCUUUUUGAAACUACUUAUAUGAAAAAAUUAGAUAAAAGUAUUCAUUGUAUGGUUGAUCCAUAUUAUGUUUGUAUGGGAGUUGAAAUCAUAAUGCAUGGUUUAUUAACAAUAGGGUUUGAUUAUCAAUCAUCAAGUACUAUAUAUGGAUUUUUAAAUAAUCAUUUCAAAACUGGUGUUUUAAUAUCAUUGAUCCAAUCUAUAAUUAAAUGUUAUAUUGUGGCUCAACUUGUUCAAAUUUAUGGCGAAGAAGAUACACCUGGUGAUUUAGUCAAUAAAAUUUUGGAAAAGGUUAAUGAUUUGGAUUUUUUCAAUAGUUUUUAUUAUUUUACUAUAAAGUUUGGUCCAAUGUUCAUGAAUAGCUUCUUUGAUAGACUUUCUAAUUGA